AUGACGUCCUUCACCAAGCGCUUCUCCUUCCGCUCCCGCAGCUCAAGUCGUUCCAGCAGCGACUCCUCACGCCGGCGCCGCUCGCUCGACUCCGUCGAGUCCGUCGAGCCCCCGAGCUACAUCAUCUCCCUCCCCCCGAUGGCCGCGCCGCCGACGCGCCAGCCGACGACCGCGUCCACAGCGGGCGCACAGUCGAUGGCGGAGAUGCUCGACGACGACAACUGCGGCUGGGGCAGCCCCGCCACCGCCCCCGCCCGCCACCGCGGGCUGCGCAAGUGA